UAAGCGCUGCACUCAACAUGGAAGAGAGUGAAAACACGGUAUAAGGCUUAGUUGUAGCCAAACCAAGCGGAAUAAUUAAUUGUUAAGUAAUGAAAAUAUCGGAAUUUAGAAAGGUCUAAAAUCUGCAGGGAAAGAUGUUUUGUCUCCGGCUGCGACUUUGGCUUCAGCCUGGGACUCAGAUUGGUGCUGUUUUCUGCCAGAGUGCCCACAAACUGGCCUCCAUUCAGAAAGCCACAAGGCUUCCCCCAAAGAAAGUCCAAAGCUUACUUUACCCCUUUAGUGAGCUGGACGCAUACCUGGACAGGUCUGUGGACAGGACACAGUUCCAGCUCUUUCAUCCCAGUGUGGACGACAUGGUUAAGGCAGAAAAGCUCUUCUACUCCUCACUGUCUCAUAAGAUUGAUUACUACAUCUCUGCAGAGAGGAUGGACCAUGUACCUGCACUGCAACAACCAGAGGUAUGUUUCAUUGGCAGAAGCAACGUGGGCAAGUCCUCUCUCAUCAAAGCUCUGUUCUCCCUGACUCCUGAGGUAGAAGUCAGAGUCUCCAAAACUCCAGGUCACACAAAGAAGAUGAACUUCUUCAGAGUGGGCAAAGCUUUCACCAUCGUGGACAUGCCAGGCUAUGGACACAAAGCACCCAAAGACUUUGUGGAUAUGGUAGAGCCAUACCUUUACACAAGGAAAAAUCUUGUAAGGACAUUCCUGUUGGUUGAUGGCAGUGUCGGUCUUCAGAAGGCCGACCUGAUUGCCCUGGAAAUGUGUGAGGAGAUCAGACGUCCAUAUGUGAUUGUGGUGACUAAGAUCGACAAAUGUGGGCAUGGAACACUGCUGACAAACUUAUUGAAUCUUCAGGAUGUGGUUAAAACAAAAACCACAAGCUGCUUUCCCCAGCCAUUUCUGGUCAGCUCCCUCAAGUUUUGGGGGAUCUACCUCCUGAGAUGCUUCAUUUCCCAUCUAACAGGGAGCAUCAGGUUAACAAACACCUCUCAAAGCUGACAAGAGGUCAGUUUAGUCUCAGUAAGUGAGGUUUGGACACCUUCUUCUUGAAUCUGUUCAUAACAGCAGAUAAUAGGAGGACUCUCAAGAUUUUACAGCACUCUCCAUGUAUUUUAUUCCUCUGAGUAGACAUGUUUGCCUAAUAAUGGGAGAUGUGGGGUGCGGGGGGGGGUUGACUGUAAGACCACCAUUACUUGUCUACAUACAGCUACUGUA